GCCCACCAGCUCCAGCAGCAGCAGCAGUAGCAGCCAUCCGCAUCAAAAAGAUUUCAUUCAGUGUGUGGCUACUCCGUGGAGAACAACAGGCUACCUCCCUCAGUCCUCUGAUGCUGCACAGCUAUGGGACAAAGGAAACAGGAAAAAAAAAGCUUUGAAGCAAGGUUGCCAUCUAACAAAGAGCCAUAAAAUCAACAUCAACAUGGGAUCCUACAUUUGUAAUUGAUUACGUGCACACUUUUUAAUUAUACAGGUAAUUUAUUCUCCCCUCAUAGAUAAUCUCAAGUGUUUGGUCAAAGAAGGUGAUGAUCUUCACUAUUCAGUCAAGAUCCCACUAUCACAGUCGUUUAGUGGCUCAGAAGCAUAUUAGGGGGCAAAUGUUUUGCUCUCUAGGAGGCUUUUGUGACAGAGCACCGCUGCUGUAAAUAGAGAUGUGGGAUAAAACAUGCACAUAACUAGAGGGGUCCGGUCUGCCUCGGUCCUACUGGCAGGGCAGUCUUCUCUCCAGCACCCAACUCUGCAGCAGCUCCACACUGUCCUCAUGUGGCAUUAGUUACUGACUGACUUGUCAGCACAGCCAGGAGCCGACUGAGGCUCAAACUCCAGCUGCGCCAUGACUUCGUCUGACAACGAUGAAACUGGGAGCGAUCUGUCCGAGUCCCUGGAGAUCCGCGAGCUCCAGGACCAAUACAUGGACACAGAGAACUGUUUCAAAUCCAAGAGUUUACCCAUCCUGAACGGACCCUGCCAGCAGCAGGGCAAGACCGCCAAGCCCCGGAUGGUCAACACCACCCACACCUGUGUGGCCGUGGAGGAGGGCAGCGAGCUCCAGCCUAAGACCCCUGACUCCAGCCAGGCGGAGUCGCCCUCCUCCAGGACAGACUUCUCUCCCUCUGUGUCUAGCAUGGUGGGGCUCAGCAGCUCUCUGCCCGUGGAGGCUCACAGGCCUGGAGGCUCUGGAGGCAAAAAACUUGGUUUCUCUCUAUCCCGCCUUAUCCACAUCCCAGCCAGGAAGUGUGUGCGGGUCAUCCUGAGUGACUCGCGCUGCUUCCUGUUCUGCAUGUGCUACCUGACUUUUAUUCAGUCGCUGAUGGUUUCGGGCUACCUGAGCAGCGUCAUCACUACCAUCGAGAAGCGCUACAGUCUCCGUAGCUCUGAGUCCGGCCUGCUGGUCAGCUGCUUUGACAUCGGCAGCUUGCUGGUGGUCGUCUUCAUCUCGUACUUCGGCGGCAGAGGUCAAAGGCCACGCUGGCUGGCUGUAGGUGGUGUUGUGAUUGCUGUAGGGGCAGCGUUGUUUUCCCUUCCCCACUUCAUCUCACCGCCCUACCAGAUCCAAGAGAUGAACUCCUCAGCGGGCCACGAAGGCCUCUGUCAGAGUGUCAACGGCAGCGGGCGCGAGCUCGACAUGACAUCGUGCCCUCGCGACCAGGAGGGCAAUGAGCACAACCUGUACGUGGCGCUGUUCAUCUGUGCCCAGAUACUUGUGGGCAUGGGGUCGACGCCAAUCUACACCCUGGGGCCCACCUACCUGGACGACAACGUGAAGAAAGAAAACGCAUCCCUCUAUCUGGCCAUCAUGUAUGUAAUGGGCGCCCUGGGACCUGCAGCUGGCUACCUGCUGGGAGGCGUCCUCAUCGGCUUCUACGUUGACCCCAAAACUGUCGUCAACAUCGACCAGAAUGACCCCCGCUUUGUUGGCAACUGGUGGAGUGGCUUUCUCUUGUGUGCCAUAGCUAUGCUUCUGGUCAUCUUCCCCAUGUUUGCCUUUCCCAAAAAGCUUCCUCCACGCCACAAAAAGCGGAAGAAGAAAAAGAUCGCCUCACCGGGUGACGUGUCCAGCGAUGAUGAAGUGAUGAAGGAAAAGUCCAGUAGCAAAGGCCAAAACGUUUCCUCCUCUAUGGGCUUUGGGAAGGACAUUAAAGACCUCCCCAAGGCAGCGCUGAGGAUCCUCAGCAACAUGACCUUCCUGUUUGUCAGCCUGUCCUACACGGCAGAGUGCGCCAUUGUCACCGCCUUUAUCACCUUCAUUCCCAAGUUUAUUGAGUCACAGUUUGGCAUCCCUGCCUCGAAUGCCAGCAUAUACACUGGUGUGAUCAUCGUACCCAGUGCCGGGGUGGGCAUUGUGCUGGGGGGCUACAUCAUCAAGAAGUUGAAGCUCGGUGCGAGAGAGUCAGCCAAGCUGGCCAUGAUCUGCAGCGGGGUGUCUCUGCUCUGCUUUUCUACACUAUUCAUAGUGGGCUGCGAGAGCAUUAAUCUAGGAGGCAUCAACAUACCCUACACCACUGGGCCGACAUUGACAAUGACCCACAGGAACCUCACCGGCAGUUGCAACGUGAACUGUGGCUGCAGGAUCCACGAGUACGCUCCAGUCUGCGGCUCUGAUGGCAUCACAUACUUCAACCCCUGUCUGGCCGGGUGCAGCACUGUGGGCAACGACAGCACCGGGAUCAGGAACUACACUGACUGUGCCUGCGUGCAGAGCAGACAGGUCAUCACUCCGUCCUCCGGCAGCCAGGUCAACCAGCUCCAGCUGGUCAUUGUCAAAACCUACCUGAAUGAGAACGGCUAUGCUAUGUCGGGGAAGUGUGACCGCACAUGUAACACACUCAUCCCUUUCCUCAUCUUCCUCUUCAUCGUCACACUCAUCACCGCCUGUGCCCAGCCCUCCGCCAUCAUCGUCACUCUCAGGUCUGUUGAUGAACAAGAGAGGCCUUUUGCUCUUGGGAUGCAGUUUGUCUUACUCCGAACUCUUGCCUACAUACCCACGCCCAUCUACUUUGGUGCUGUGAUUGACACCACCUGCAUGUUGUGGCAGCAGGACUGCGGCGUGCACGGCUCCUGCUGGGAAUACGACGUCACCUCCUUCCGCUUCGUCUACUUCGGCCUGGCCGCCAGCCUGAAGUUCGUCGGGUUCAUCUUUAUCUUCCUCACCUGGUACUCAAUCAAGCACAAGGAGGCGCGAGCCGAGCGCUGGCGCCAGCACCUGCCUCCGCUGGGCACCGUCAGCGAGCUCAUAUGCCACGCCGGGGGCCAGAAAAGCCACGCCCGCACCCGCUCCUGCCCCGUGUUCAUCCCGCCUCGGCCCGACCCACCGGCCGCCCUGCUGCUCAACCGUGGCCACAGCAGCCUCAGUUGCCCGGGCAACGCCCUCAAAGCAAUAACUCCUCCCAUCUUGUUGCCACACCACCACAGAGGCUCUGUACAUGUCUGAGAGCACGCCAGCCUCCCUCUGGGGUUCAUUGUGACAUGUGCCUUCCUGUUUGUGUUUCUGCACAACACCGUGUCUGAUUUACACCAAUCAGGCAUGAGGCGGGGCUCCUAAGCCGAUGUCGGACCGGCAGGCAGAGACACAAGUACGCCCACUAUACCUAAAGGGCUGCUCGUCGUUUAUAACAGAUCGAAAGAUGUUUUACUCAGAGCAUAUCAUCAGCUGCAGCCACACACAGCAUCCACACAGAAGGUCAGACCUCCACGUCAAGGUUUGGAUGAUGUAAAGACAUCACAUGGUGCUACUGUUAAAGGGCAGGGCAUUAGAAUCUCUGUACAGACAGAUGAUCAUCAUCAACACAGCGUCUAAAGCACAACAGACAAAUCUGUACUAUGCAAGAUCCUAUGUACAGCUCCUCCCUUCUCAGUACUGUACAGCUCCCUCUGUAAUCCAUAUCUGUACCUCUUUCUUCUCCUCUGCUAAAUUCACACAUACCACCACGCCGUCGGCUCCUUCACGAUCCCAUUUUCCCCUCACAGUUUCAGCAUAUCAGCUGUUUCUCGUAUAUUUAAGCCAUUCCACCUGUUCUCUCGUCUGGUUAAUUCGUGUUGUCUGUAUCCUCAGAAAUGACAAGGGGUUUUUAUUUUUGAAUCCUCUCACCUCUGUUCCUUAUUUUUUUCCUUAACAGUGCCUCUCAGGCUGUCUCGGCCAGUCAAGUACACAAAGCUAGCUACCAGGGUAAAUGCUAGCUGCUGAAAAGCCAGUCACUGUUCUCUCAGUUGAUUGACAGUAUUCUGCUUUGUUGCCCUCCGCUUUUAUGAUAAUGGAAACAUCUGUCACAGAUCUGGAGCCACAGUUUCUCGCCUCUGCAAGGUAAUCAUGUAGCUUAAAGCCGACAAGCGCCAAUGGUACAGUGUGUUAUGACUUUUGUGGCAAAUCAAGUCAGCGAGCAACAAAUGUGUAUUUCAUUACAUGAUAUUAUUAUUAUUAAAAUGUUAAUAAUUAGUGAAGUAGGACAAAGGAAUCUAAGGAUGGUAUCUCAUCUCUGACCUUGUGGUGAAGCUACUGUUUGUCCUAAAGAUGUGAAAGUAGGUUUAAAAAUGCAACAAAGCUGCUCUUUUCUUUAACCCCUUUUUGAAAGCAACUAAAAUGAUCCGUAUCUAAUCUACUGCAAAAGAUGCAUUAUUUUGACUCUGUAUUGUAAUGGCUUCUCCAUUCUAACGGUCAUCAGAUGUACAUAGUAGUUAUUUAGCAGUCUAGACUUUUACAGAAGUAGUGCAGCAAGCAUGAGCCCUUUUUAUCAGCAAGAUUAUUCAGUUUCUUGGGUGUUUGGGGGCCAUCUAGUGGACGCAGAGAUGAUUGUGUGAAGGCCAGUGAAUGUUUGUCAGACCUGCUGUACGAGGAAACUCUUAGUUUAAAGGUUGAUUAUUAAACUUAGUCACUGCUCUGAAUUUAGCACUCCAGUUUCCCAAAGAUCAAAAAGAUUAUCUGCCGUCUUGGAUAUUUAUUCUGUCCAGUGUUGAAAUUAUGUCUGCUAGUUUGGUGAUGAAGCCACAGAAGACUCAUGAGAGGCAUGUUGAAAGUGCUUGCAUGAGCUAGAACUGUCUCAUUUCCUUUAACACUGGGCUCACGUUGUAUCUUAUGGGUUUUCUUUCCUUCGAACAGGAGAGGUAAUGUCUGUAAAGAAGCAAUAGAGGUGGUAACGGGGCCUUUUUUCUGUUGCAAAAUGCACUAUUCUGAUACUAGAUCUAUCAAGUGCAUUGAAAAGGUCAAAUCUGUGACGUGUUUUGAAAACCAAAAUUUUAGGAGUAUUUUUUUUGCACUUCCUGAAGGGGGAAUAAAAGAGAAGUCUAAUAAAUGUAUUGAAUUUUAUAUUCUCACUUUAGUUAUGAAUAGUUUGCAAAGUAACGGAGGAUCUGAUGCAGUGGAUAAAUUUCGAUGAACAUUUUUUUUGGCCAAGAUUUAUGGUGUUCUGCCUGGUAAGGGUCUGUCACGUGGUAAAUGGCAGUGACUAAUUUUAGUAUUAUCGUGACUUAGUACCUCAAAUUACAUAUUCAUAAGUGAUCAUCGUGUAAAUACUGACAAAGCAAAUUAAGCGUAUUAUAGAGCUCACGCAUAGUUAGAAGCAUAUUUAUGAACUAACCCAUGACAUUGUAGUUAAAAAGGAAAAAAAAAGACAAAGCUACAAAAAAAAAAGACAGUGGAUUUGUCUCGCGGUGCCUGAACAGUAUUAUUCACAA